GAGAGGCCGUGCAGGCAGGAAGCUACGUGAAAUCUAAUCAAAUUGAAGCAUCUCAUUUUUGCACACAAGUCAUAUUUUUUAGAAGAGCAGGAGAAAGAAGCUUUCCCUCAUGAAACAUGGUUGUGUACCAUCUUUUGGUGCUGUUACUCUCUGUAAUGCCCAUUGAAAAUCGGAGUUUUGUAAAUGGGUUAAAACAUGACGGUCUAUCUCCUAUAAUCAGUUUGGAGGAACCAGUGCUUCUAACCAGCCCCACAGACAGGAAAAAUAAAGCUUCUGUGAGGGCGAAUAAAAUCGAAAUUUCAAUCCUGAAACGUCAAAUUCAAGAACAGCAGAAUUUUAUUCGGAAUUUGCAAGAAAAAAGCGAGGCAGGGCUAGGAAAAAUGAAUCUUCGACUUGUAAAUGGAAAUUCCUCGAGAGAAGGAAGAGUGGAGGUCUACAAGGAUGGUGUUUGGGGAACGGUAUGUGAUAAUGGCUGGGAUUUUAAUGAUGCCAAAGUAGUCUGCAAACAACUCUUUGGGUUAGAUGGAAUUCCGUAUAGUCAUGCAUACUUUGGACAAGGGACUGGUUUGGUGCUCAUGGAUGAUGUCAGAUGUAAUGGUACAGAAAGCUCUCUUCUUCAGUGCGACCAUAUAGAUAAUUUACAUCAUAGCUGUGAUCAUAGCAAAGAUGCAGGUGUUAUUUGUAUGAAAGCGCCCCUUAUUCGACUUUCGAAGCAAAAAGAGUUCCAAGGAAGAGUGGAAGUUUAUAUGAACAAUACAUGGGGAACGAUUUGUGACAACGGAUGGAGUAACAUUGACGCUAGUGUGGUCUGUAGAACUUUAGGAUAUAGCGAACAGGGUCUAGCUGUUCCCAGAACAGUGUUUGGAAAUGGAUCUGGGCCUAUUCAUUUAGAUAAUGUACAGUGUAUUGGUAGAGAAACCGGUUUGGAUGACUGUCCAUACUCAGAAACACAUUCAUGUAACCACUCAGAAGAUGCCGGUGUUUUAUGUAUUUUGCCAAGUCAGAAACCUAGACUUGUUAAUGGUAGCACUCCAGAUGAAGGGUUAGUUGAAGUUUUUGUGAAUGACAGAUGGCUACGGGUAUGUAACAACUGGUGGGACAGAGUUGACAGCAAUGUGACAUGUAGAAGUCUAGGAUAUUCAGGAGGGUUUCAAAUUUCAUUGCCAAUGGUUGGAGAAAGAGGGAAUGAUGUUUGGUUUUUAGAUAAAAUGGAUUGUAAUGGUGAUGAGGAUUCCCUGUUAAAAUGUGCACGAUCAGUAUCAACCGGAUGUAGUUAUGAGGCUGGAGUUAUAUGUUACCAAACAUUGAACGGUCAAGUUAGAAUUGGGAAUGGUAGCUCCUCUGAUGACGGAUUAGUUGAGGUUAUGGUCAAUGACCGAUGGAGAAGAGUUUGUGGCGGCAUUCGUUGGGGCAGUCCAGAAGCUAACGUGACGUGUAGAAGAUUAGGGUUUCCAGGGGGUAUUCCCGUACCAAUACCAAAUCAAAGACAUGGGAUGAAAGAUAUUUGGCAUUUACCUAACAUAGAAUGUAGAGGUGACGAAGCUACUUUGUUGGAUUGUGAAGCAUCUGGAUCAGGAAGUUGUUCCGAGGAAGGGGAGGCGGGGGUGAUUUGUUACCCUUCAUCAAAAAGUGCAAUUAGAUUAGUCGUUGGUAGCUCUCCACAUGAGGGUUUAGUCGAAGUGUUUAUGAAUCAUCAGUGGCGACGUGUAUGCGACACUUGGUGGGGCACAGAUGAGGCAAAUGUUACAUGUAAAAGUCUAAAUUAUUCAGGAGGUAUCCCUGUAUCAGUACCGACUCAAACAAAAGGAGGAAACAAUCUAUGGAAAUUAACUCACACUCGUUGUGAAGGAAAUGAAAAUUCUUUACUGGAAUGUGAAGCAAGGGGGACAAGACGUUGUAGACGUGAUGAGGACGCGGGAGUUAUUUGUUAUCCGUCCAAAAAGGGAGAAGUUAGAUUAGUCAAUGGCGAUUCCCCAGAUGAGGGAUUAGUUCAAAUUUUGGUAAAUGGUCAUUGGAGAGGUGUUUGCGCGCACGUAUGGGACAAAAAUGACGCCGAUGUGGCAUGUAGAAGUAUAGGAUUUAUAGGAGGUUUACCGAUCUCAUUCCCAGGAACUUCCAGAAAUAGCAGGGAACAUAUUUGGUUCUUCAACCGCAUGGAUUGUGACGGAAAUGAAAAUUCCUUGUUAGAAUGUGCAGGUUGGGGAUCCCCAAGUUGUAGAAACUCAGCUGGAGUUAUUUGCUAUAAAUCAUCAACCGCUACCGUAAGACUUGUCGAUGGAAGUCUUCCACAUGAAGGUUUUGUCGAAGUUUUGGUAAAUGGUAGAUGGAGAAGCGUAUGUGAUUUUUUGUGGGACAAAAGUGAAGCUAAAGUAACAUGUGGGCUGCUAGGAUAUUCAGGAGGAAUUCCUGUUACGUUUCCAACACAGAGAAAUCCAAAUGAAGGAAUAUGGCGUUUACCUCGUAUGGAAUGUAGAGGAAACGAAGAUUCUUUGUUAAAGUGCCCAGCAAAUGCUGACUUUCCUUGUAACAAAUACGGAGAGGCGGGAGUAAUUUGUUAUCAUACCUCAAAUGGUACAGUUAGACUAGUGAAUGGUAGUCUUCCACAUGAAGGUGUAGUUGAAAUUUUGGUGAAUGGACGAUGGCGAACUAUAUGUGACCUUGGCUGGGACAAAAAUAGCGCCGAUAUCACUUGUAGAAGGUUAAAUUAUUCAGGAGGUAUUCCUUUAAAAUUUCCGUCUCCUAGAAAUAGGAGAGAAGAAAUCUGGGGUUUGCAAUACUUGAGAUGUAACGGAAAUGAAGAUUCUUUGUUAAAAUGUAAUUUAAGAGGAAUUGAUGGUUGUAGACAUCAUGAUGACGCGGGAGUUAGCUGUUACAAGUCUUUAAAUGCUACGGUCAGACUUGUCAAUGGUAGCUCACCACAUGAGGGGGUAGUUGAAGUCUUUGCGCAUGACCAAUGGCGAGGUAUUUGCAACUCUUACUGGGACAAAAGCGACGCCCAUGUGACGUGUAGGAGUCUAGGAUAUUCGGGGGGUAUCCCUGUAUCAGUCCCGACUUCAUACGAAAGGAAGGAAGAAAUGUGGUUUUUUUCUAAAAUGGACUGUAAAGGAAAUGAGGAAUCUCUGUCAGAAUGCUCUUCGGAAGCAUCUAAAACCUGCAAUACUGGUAAAAGAGCGGGUGCCCUUUGCUACGACACAUUUAAUGGUACAGUAAGGCUUGCCGAUGGUAUCUCACCCAAUGAGGGUAAAGUCGAGGUUUUGGUGAACAACCAAUGGCGACGUAUAUGUGAAGGAGGAUCAGAGGAAAAAAACGCAAUUGUGGCAUGUAGGAGUCUCGGGUACUCAGGAGGAGUCCCUGUAUCAUUAUCGUCUUCUAACGAUAGGAAGAAUCUGUUGUGGCUUUUACCUCCUAUGGAUUGCUUCAGUAGAUAUGAAAGCUCUUUGUUAAAUUGUGGAGUAUCUAGAUUUGAUAGAUGUAGCAGUGGUCAGGAGGCAGGAGUCCAUUGCUACCACAAAAUAAAUGAAAUGAUAAGACUUGUGAAUGGAACUUCAAGCAACGAGGGUCGUGUAGAGGUGUUUAUCUACGGGACGUGGGGUACUGUGUGUGAUUAUGGAUGGGAUGAUAACGAAGCCCUAGUUUUAUGUAGAAGUCUGGGUUAUUCAGGAGAUUAUACGGCUCAGAAAAGUGCCUACUUUGGACAAGGGUCUGGAACUGCGUGGAUAAGGAGGAUACGAUGUAGAGGAAGAGAAUCUUCCAUCUUUGAUUGUUCAUACCCCGGCAUCCGGAAAACUAAUUGUCGUCGAUACAGGGAUGCUGGUGUUAGAUGCAAAUAAUUUGCUUACACA